AUGACGAACAAGGUCUACGACGUUUUGAUCAUCGGCGGCGGUCCAGCUGGCCUAUCUUUAGCCGGGGGAUUGGCUCGCCAGCUUCAUACUGCGCUGAUCCUCGACUCUACCGCCUACCGGAAUGAACGAACGAGUCACAUGCACAAUGUUCCUGGCUGGGACCACAGAGAUCCGGCGGAUUUCCGUGCCAAGGUACGGGAUGACCUCGAUGAGCGAUACGCGAGUAUUGAGUAUUGCACUACCAGGAUCAAAGAGGUUCGGCAGGUUGAUGGGCUUUUCGAAGCGGUUGACAUCGAAGACCACGUAUAUAAGGGGCAGAAGCUCGGUCUGGCGACUGGCGUAAGGGAUCGAGUCGAGGAUGAGGUUGAAGGGUUUUCUGAUUGCUGGGGCAAGGGAAUCUUUCAUUGUCUGUUCUGUGACGGCUUCGAGACCAGAGGCGCCGAUUCUGUUGGUCUGUUGAUCACCCCGUAUCUCGCUGCUCACGCGUCGUACAUCAUUGAGAUGGCCCGUAUGGCCAAGCGAUUUGCCCACCGAGUCACAAUCUACACCAACGGCGAUCAUGCCCUCGGCGUGAAGCUCAGCUCGGAGAUUCGGAGCAGCAACAUGGUGGUCGACAAUCGUCCAGUUGCGCGCUUAGGUAUGAUCAAUUCCGGGCCCCGCGUACGCCUAGAGUUUGCCGACAGUUCACCUUCGGUAACCGAGGCGUUCAUCGUGAGCCAUCCCACCACGGAACAGCGAGCUGGAGAUUUGGUGGAGCAGUUGGGGCUGGAAUUGGACGAAGAAGGCGUCAUCAAGGUGAUAGCACCCUUCAACGAAACCUCUUUGAAGGGAUGUUUCGCAGCAGGCGACGCUGCGACUGUGAUGACAACUGCUGUCGAGGCUAUUCACAUGGGCUUCAUGGCAGGAGUGGGAUGUACCAUGCAUCUGCAGGAGGAACUGGACAUCGGUGCGGCUUUCCGCUCUCUCUGGCACGACCUUACCAGCUACGACAGACACUCGACCGUUGAUUCCCCUUACCGAACCGGUCGACACGUCCCUCUGAACCAUCGCCAGAGCGGUAUUCUGACCUCCGUCGCGACCGCCUCCGAAUCCCGCGCCGACGUCUCAUCCCCUUACGGCGACGAUAGCUACAACAGACUCACCCGCGAUAGCAGCUACCAUGGCGGUGGAAUCCCUAAUACCCCCACCAGCCCCAACCCGGCUGCGACUCCCUACUCUCCCGGCCUGAGAUCGCAGUCGGCUCGGCGCACAAGUCAGGCCGACGGCUUCGAGAUGCAGAGCCCAGGCGAUGUGCAGAUGCAAUCCUUCCAGGAUGGCUCCCCUCCUCCCCCUCCCGUCUCGCACUCGUGGAAGAAGAUUGAUGCGUGGGCCGAGGAGCACUACCCCGAGCUCUGGGAUCAGCUUUGCGAGGGAUGCACCGACAACGAUUUGAACGAAUUGGAGCACCAGCUCGAUUGCUCUCUCCCUCUUGACGUGAGAGAAUCUCUGAUGAUCCACGACGGCCAGGAGCGACUCGGCAUGCCAACUGGCAUCAUCUUCGGCUCCAUGUUGCUCGACUGCGAGGAGAUUGUUCAGGAGUGGGAUCAGUGGCGCAAGGUCAACCAGGAAUUCCUCUCUGAAGCCGCUAUCCAGAAGCCCGCCAUGCCGUCCAAGGCCCUCGGUAGCCAAAGCAGCCAGGCGUCUUCUUCUAGGACACCCGCCUCUCCUGCUCCCUCUCACAACCCCUCCUGGCGCCAGGAUCUCAUCGCUCGCCAGGACUCUGUCCCCCCCAACGCAGUUCAGCGAUCUUACGCCCAUCCCGCGUGGAUUCCUCUUGUUCGCGAUUGGGGAGGCAACAACCUCGCCGUGGACCUUGCCCCCGGCCCGAAGGGUAGCUGGGGACAGAUCGUCCUCUUCGGUCGCGACUACGACACCAAGUACGUCGUCGCACGCUCUUGGGCCCAUUUCCUCGCGACGGUCGCAGAUGAUCUGAACAGCGGCAAGUGGUUUGUGGACGAGGAGACCAACGAGCUCAAGUUGAGAGAGUUCAAGGAGACCCGUGUUGAGCCUCCCUACUUCGGCAUCCUGCGGUGGCGCAUGGAUCAGAAGUACGGUCGCCGAGCCGCAAAGCGCAAGUCGGUUGUGCCCCCCAACAGAGCUGGCUCUCCCGCCGGAUCUGGCGCAAGCUCCCCGUACUCGAGCCCCACGAACGGCGAAGCCAACGGCGAACAACGAGGCCGAUCGAUGCAGCGACUGGGCGGCACUUCUCCCAUCGCAAGCCCCGGCCGCCCCGGCUAUGGCAACAGCAACAAGUCUAGUCCUCUGGCACGAGUGGCCGAGGAAACCCCUCUGCCUGAUCUCCAGACCAACGGCCUCAAGCCCACGAAGCUUGUCGAAGUCGAGACCCCGAGACCGAGCGAAGACACCCCCAAGGGCUCCCGCGUAUCGUUACUGGCACAUGCCGAGACGGCUGAAGACGAAGGAAAGGAGAAUGAGAACCCCGAGGGCAAGAUGAACGGCACCACGAACGGAACAGCCACUGCCAAGACCAACGGCAAGAAGGCUGAGGUCUCGGAUGAGCCGAUGAAGGAGAUCGAGAUAUAG